AUGUCCACCCACUGGGCCAUUGUCUCUAUGCAUGCAUCCCUCCUCAGUCUCACCCUCCUCCAGGGUAAUCAUCUGUUGCCCGCUGUCCCACAGGCCAUAGCCGGCCGGAGUCUCCAUGGGGCCGAGUUGCUUAUCCCCAGAUGUCUUACGUCAGCGGCGCUCACACUAGCGGAUUACUGGCAAGGGAAUUCGUGUACAUACCAAGGGAAUGUCUUCUCAUGGAGUCAUUGGAUGGCGAUGCUGAAGCGACAACGACAAGGCCGCGAAGGCAGCCGCAGUGUCAAGUCACCUGUUCUUCAGAAUAGCACCACCAGAUCUUAUGAAGGAUCAUACUUCUGA